GUCUCUUAUCGGAAGCAGAGGAUAGGAUAGGACGGCCUGCAGCAGAGAGCUAGUCACAUCGGGCACCAGAUCCUGUCCUGCAACGAAUCCCAGUGCAACGAAAUGCAAAUAAACGAAAGCAUGGCGCCCAAGUAGAGCAUUCCACCAUCGCCCGACAGCAAGCCAACAAGCUCCAGCUCCUGUUUCUCUCUCAAUCUAUUUCCACUUCGAAGCCGAUAGACCCGAGUCCGCGCAUCCGGGAUGACGGAGCAGAAGAACCAGGUGACGCGGGCUGCUCCGGAACAGAGCAACGACUACCGGGUGGUGGUCUUCGGAGCCGGCGGCGUGGGCAAGAGUUCGCUGGUGCUGCGCUUCAUCAAGGGCACCUUCCGCGAGAGCUACAUCCCGACUAUCGAGGACACCUACAGACAGGUCAUCAGCUGCAACAAGAACAUCUGCACGCUGCAAAUCACGGACACCACGGGAUCCCACCAGUUCCCGGCCAUGCAGAGGCUCUCCAUCUCGAAGGGUCACGCCUUUAUCCUGGUCUACUCGGUGUGCUCCAAGCAAAGUUUGGAGGAGCUGCGACCCAUCUGGGCGCUCAUCAAGGAGCUGAAGGGAGCCGACAUCCCGAAUAUUCCCGUCAUGCUGGUGGGCAACAAGUGUGAUGAGACCGCCGAAUUGCGUGAGGUCUCCCAAGCGGAGGGCCAGGCUCAGGCGACCACCUGGAGCAUAUCCUUCAUGGAGACGUCGGCCAAGACGAACCACAACGUGACCGAGCUGUUCCAGGAGCUGCUCAACAUGGAGAAGACGCGCACCGUCUCCCUGCAACUGGACACCAAGAAGCAGAAGAAACAGAAGAAGGAGAAGAAGUCCAAGGACACGAACGGCUCGAUUCCGGAGAACGGAGAUGCGGGGGCCAGUGCCAGCGGGGGGGCCAAGGAGAAGUGCCGCGUUAUGUAAGCACCGGAAUCGGAUAGCGAUGGAUUGGAUGGCGAAGGCAUGUGACCCGGGUCAGAUUGCGUCGAGCUAAAGUGAACGGAGACGGUGACAGACAAAUACUCGCCUUGGGGCAGCAGCGUGGGGUGGCCACCCAACCACCCACACGGGCCACGCACCACACACACCCCACAAACCCCACAAACCCCACACACCCACUUACCCACAUAUAGAGUUACAACCAUACGAGACACUUGUAUUUAGGAACCGAUUUAAGACACACCACCAUUGCAAUUACGAUUACGAGUAUAUAUAUUUUUUGCAUAGGUUCUAUUCGAGCAGAUCAGAUCUUUCUAGUCGCACAGAUACUAUAAAAACUAUACUAAACACACACCACGGAAGCUAACCCUAAGUUUACACAUAAUCGCAUCUGAAACGUAACGGCAUACAUAUCAAAUGUUUACAUACUUGCAUGAUCCACCACCCAUUCAUAACCAGGUAUCAAACGAAGCUAAACACUAUAUCUCUAACGAAAGCCAAAGUACCUACUUAAAGACAUAGAAAUCUGUAUAUCUACUACGAUAUGAUAACAAUAUUUACAUGGAUCCAUCAACGGAAGACUUUCUCGCGGGUCAUCGGUUUCGGGAUCUAAAUCUGGGCAUCCGAGGACCGAUGCCUCCCUUGACUAUCAUUGCUGUUUAACUAUUUACCACCUAACCAGAAUAAUACAGAUUUGGAUGAGCCCCGAUCGCCACAUAAGCUAAUGUAUAAAAUACUCAUGGCCAACAACAACACAGACAGUCCGGAAUUCGAAUCCGGAAAACAAACCAACUUCGCGAUGGCAUUGUGUUUUUGUAUUAUAUUAAAUGUGUAUGUACAAUUUUACACUUAUUUGCUGAAAUUUAUUGACGAGUCGAGAGCAAGAGCAUUUUAAUAUGUAUGUAGCAGCAAAACCGAAAGAAAAAAGAAAAGAUCAGAUCAGAGAGUUAGCCUAAGUCAGAAUCACAUCAAGAUCAAGUACAAUUGCAUUCGAUUCACAUUCAUCAAGUGAGCCAAGGAACACGUACAUCGAAGGAUAUUUGAAGAGCAUUUGGUGCAUUUUUGCAGUAGCGUAGAUGGGAUAUAAGUUGCCUGUUUUUAAAACACUUACGUAUCGUACUUAUGUAUUAACAUAACUUAACAUAAACCAAACCGUUCCCAAUUGUGGUAUUCGUUAUUUUAAUAGUUGGUUGGCUUGUGCGUAGGCCUAGGCGUAGGAGUUGAACGAAUUGUUUCGCAUAGUUUGCUGUUGUUUGAUAUUAAGAGGAUUAGUUUUUUAAAUUUUACCAAUCAGACUAAGUAAAUGAUAUGCUUAAACCGCUGCUAAACCAAUUAGCCAAACGAGUGGCAAGUAAUUACAUUAAUUAUGAUGUUGCUCAUCAAACUGGUAUCUUUGGCUGCUGGUCCGCCGUCCAGCAGUGCCGGACAAAUAAGUAGAACAGCCAACACAAAUCAAGAAGUGGAAGUUACACACUAGACCUAAAAAAAAUUGUUGAAUUCGAGUAGAGAAAUUAUUAAUCAAGAUUAUGAUAGCGGACCAAUUUGCGUAUAAGAUUUGUGAAAUCAAUUUAGAUAAAUUCUCUCGGUUUGCCAUAGACCACGGACGAUUACGAUAUGCCAGCCUUAGUUGAGAAUUAUUGGUAGCCUGCCUGUGCUUUGGGUUUUGCUUCGUGUUUUCCUAGUUUUAGGUACGUUUAAUUAUAGACAGCAAACUGGGUUUUGGCUAUAUAUUCAGUAUGUGCCGUGUAUUGGAUUGCAUUUUCCAUACAGUACAUUUCACUAAUGCGUAAAACUACUUAGUUGCAUACAAAUUAUAAUAACGAUGAAUUGUAAUUAAAGCAUAAUACAUUUUAGGUGCAUGAUUUAAAAUACAACGAAUAAAUAUAUUUACACCGAAAUUCUUUUCUAAUUUUUUCUUACAAAUAUAUACACACACCAUAUAGAUCUAUAUACAUAGAUAUAUAAAUAUAUUAGUUGUAUACAUAUUGAAUUAGAUUUUACAAGAUUCGAAAGCCGAAUAUUUAAUUAUCGCUUACAUUCAAUUAAUAUGCAACUCACAAAGAGCGCCCACUGCUAAUAAUAUAAAAUUAAAAGAUAAUCGCCUGAGCGCCAAGUUGUAAAUAUAAAGGAUCAACAAGUUACAUAGAAAUUAUAUCCGAUUUUUUGAAGGGCCGGCAGCGUAAUAAUAACAAGCAAAAUAUAAACAGUUUGGUGGCCUACUUAAAAGAUCUUAUUGUUGAAGAUUUAUCUUAAUAACACUUAUCGUGCAAAUGAGAAUAAGAACAUGCAAAAUAAUUUAAAUAAAAAUUUAACUAUGACAAAUCAA